UAGAGACGAAGGUUGAACUUCCUCUUAUCACGCUGUGUGUCGACACUAGCUAGUUUUGUAAGAGUUAACGUUAGCAUUGUGCCCACUGGUGUUUUCUUAACGUGCUGCAGAUUGCUACCUGUGCUUCACCUCAGGUAGACUUAGUUAACAUCACCGCUAACUGCAUCAUCACCAUCGUCAUCAUCAUCCUCAACAUUACUGGACUUGCCAAGAAGUUUAUUUGAUCCUUUAACGCAGCCUAGCCAUGAGGAGUCUUUGGACCAAAGCAGGUGUUGUAGGUUCAGUGUCGAUGGCUUUUGGUUCAAUGUGGUGGUCACAGAAGAAGACUGACCCAGACCAGGACCAGGUUUCUUCCACCUCAGCUGAUACAAAACCUAGCUCUCCCUAUGAACUCAAACUGGUGCAAGUCCUGUUCCGACAUGGUGCUCGGACGCCGCUAAAGUCUAUACCUGAUGUUAUGGAGGUCCAGUGGGUGCCAACGCUUUUGGAGCCUCCACCACACACCCACAUCAAUUAUGUUGUGACAGAUCUUGAAGGCGGCCCCAAGCCUCCAGCUCCUGUAGAAGACAGCUAUCGGAAGAACGUACUGACCGGUGGCACCUUCCCCGGUCAGCUGACCACGGUGGGCAUGCAGCAGCUAUAUGAGCUGGGCAAGAGGCUGAGGGGGAAAUACAUCGAGGAUAGUCAUUUCCUCAACUCCACCUUCAGCCCAGCUGAGGUCUACGUGCGCUCCACUAACAUUGUGAGGACCAUUGAAUCUGCCAAGUGCCUGGUAGCUGGGCUCUUUCAGCAGAAACAAAAAGAAAUUGUGCCCAUCUUGACAACGGAGGCAGAAUCUGAAAUCCUGUAUCCUAACUACCACGGAUGCAAGAUGCUCAAAAUCCUUGGCAGCCACCGCUGGGCAGAGUCGUCCACUCUGCCAGACAUUGCAGCAGACCUGCAGAGCAUCCAGAGCGCGUUGGGCAUCGCUGCUCACCAGCACGUCGACUUCAUCCUCAUUAGGGACGACAUGGUUGCCAGAGAGACACACGGCCUUCCCUGUCCAGCAGUGCUGGAUACUUGGAGGAAUACAGUGGAACAGAGAGCUGUGGACAUGAUCUGCCACGUGUAUGAACCCAGCAAGAGGGAGAACCUGCAGCUGUGUGUGGGACCCCUCCUUCACACAUUGUUAUCGAACAUUGACAAGAAACUAGAAGGCACCUCAUCUGAGCCAAACAGGAAGUUAUUUUUGUACUCUGCACACGACACCACGUUGAUUCCCUGUCUGAUGGCUUUUGGGGUUUUUGACAUGAGAUGGCCACCAUACGCCGCCGAUAUCACUCUGGAGCUGCACCAACACCGACAGACCAAAGAGGCCUUUGUGAAGGUGUCAUACAUCGGCCAGGAUCAACUUAUACAAGGUUGUAGUGCAGUCUACUGCCCCCUGGAGGAGUUCAAACAUGCCCUCUCAUCGUACUCAUUGAGUUCUGAACUCUACCACUCACUUUGUGACAACACUGAGGGCUUGACCAAGCCCUGAACACAUCUCAACACAGGGCUACAUGACAGUACACUCUGACAGUUAUCACACUUCACGCUUUUUUUUUUUUUUUUAAACAUCCUCACUUUUUAAUCCAUCCAGCCACUCUCAGUCAUUAUACCUCACUGUCGGACUACACCAGGCGAGACUUUAGUGAGUGCACAAAUCCUGGAUUAAAGCCUCUAAGUUUUUCUUUUUUUUUCUCACAACUUACAUUUAACCAUGGCAGCAUUUUUUUCUAUAGAGGUAAAUUGAUUUAAUGAUUAUUGCAUAUUGAUAAGAGUAUGUGUUGAAGAUUUUGCUAUACAGUGUUUGCCUGAUAUCAAAUGUGUUUGCAUGCACUUAGUCUGGCUUUAAUUAUGAAGACUGGCGCAAUCCAAUGUUUUUUCUCAUUGUGAACAAUUUAAACAAAAAGUCUUUCCAUCUCUUGGAUGACAAACAUGUAGUUUCCUAUAAAUAAUUCCUCAAAAUAGCUGGGCAAUAGUUUUCACAAAUGUGGCAAAUUUGGUAUUAAGAGUACCUACGACUAGGACAGUGACAACAUUGCCCAUGUUCUUCGCAACAAAGGAACAUGUCACCCAAUAAAGUGGUGUGUGGCACUUGAAUGUGUUUUGUUUAGUUUUAGACAAAACUGGAGCAAUAUGGCAUUGAGCAAUAACUAUACCAGGCAAGACCUGUUAGAAGGUUAAAAAUGAAGUUGGUUUUGCUCUUUUUUGGGGGGUGUUAAAGGAACAAUACUGGGGUAUUAACAGCCUUUUCCUUAUAAUAUCUAAAGGUUGACCAAUGUGGCAUCAUCAAUGCCUAUAUUUGAUUGCUGAUGCAACUCAAAUUUGGUUGUGUUCACGAUCAAAUCCUUCAUAAUCAUGUCAUUCCUCAGGGGAAUACCAAGCAUUUCAUGUACUGUAUUUAAUGUUGGUUAACAAACAAGUGCAGAGAGUGGUUUUUACAUUAGUAUGGAGGUGAAUGCCUUCAUAAUCAUAUAGAGCCUGUAGAAAGGGAAGUGUUUGAAAAUGAAAGAUUAGGUUGCCUUCUUACUGGGAGUGUCAGACCACAGUAUAAUGUAUACAUGAAAACAUGUCCAUUAUACACACCUGAGCUACUGUGUUACAAUAACACGCAUCAUACCUCAUAAGGGGCAGUUUCCCAUGGUCUACUGCUUAAAAUGCAAAAGUUUGGUUUGGACUGAUGUGAUAUAAAUAAAGAUUUCAAUCAGUGUGACUGUCAAA